AUGAAAAGAAUAUUAACAUUAUUGGUAGUCGGUUUAAAUCUAAGCCAGUCUUUCUUUGUAAGAUGCGGACUAGAAAACGUGAAUUCCAUGGACACAACGGUCCAACAAUUCUCAAGAGUCGAGAUGGUGAACAGUUUUAGCUUUUUACCAGAUCUUUCACAAGAUGUAAUUGGGGUCGUCAAUGAAGCGAACGCACUCCCGUCUUCGACCAAAACCACACCAUAUGCAGCUUUCUUUCGAAAAAGCAGAGAGGUUAAGGAACGAACUGAUAACAAAGAGAUUAAAAAAUUGGCUGACAUAGUGAUCUCAAUGAUUUCGACUCUUAGACCAAGCUUGGAGUCUUGGGAAGAUUGGCUUCAAAGAAAUGAAGAAAAAGUGAACGACUUUAUAAGAGCAGCGUCUCUUAAUCAUGAGAUGGGUUGUGAUGACAUUGAAAGGACAUGGAUUGUUGGAAUUUUAUGUGCGAUUUCAAAGUAUUCACCAACAGAUGUGGAUGGAAUGACAGGAGAACAAAAGAUUAACAGGCUCCCUUGGAGUAAUCAAGUGACUCUGGAAAUAAAAGCUGCCAAAGCCUUUGAACCAUUUAUGACGAAACGAUUUGAGACACUGUGGCUUGGAAAACAUAUUUCAGCAAGUGAGAUUAGCAAAGACUUGGAGGAGCUUCUCGAAAGGGCCAGGAUGUUUGGUAUCUUUGACAUGGCCAAGAAAGAACCGAGCAGAGGGACCAAAAUCUACAAGCUUAUCUCAAAACACCUCUUGCAAAGCAAACUACCUCAGGAUGAGGAUGGGAUCUUAGAUGUGAUCAAUGAUUUCAAAGAUCUAUGUCAGAACACUGCAGUCUAUGGAUGGGUGACAAAAUAUUGUGAAGGAAUCUUUCGACAUAUACUAAAUCAUUCAUCCCAUACGGCAAAAGUUUCCAAAACCCUCUUUCAAGAUUAUGGGUUCUUCCGGAAAAUUUCUUUUGCCUUUGCAAAGCUGGACAUGAUUGACUAUAUAAAUCAACAACCCAAUUUUCCAGCCAAGGAGAAGCACCUGAAGAACAUUGAGAGUUGGAAAGAGGAAGCAACCUUAAAAUCAUUCUCUCCAGGGGGUACAUAUCUUUUGGAAAGUUUUUACAAAAAUCUGGAUUGUAAUACUAGACAAGAAGAUUAUCUUGAUCAUCAUAAGUUCAUAGCUGCAUUCUUCCUUGUCUUCCCUACCAAGGAGAAUCAUCUUAAAGAAUCUAUUGAAAGGGGAUACAGUUACCACCACCAAGAAGUUGAAAAAUUGAUGGGCAUUUGGUCUAGAGUGUACCCAGAUGGUGUUGUACCAGAUGCUACAUUUGGUGAAUAUAAAUGGAUGCUCCUGGUGAAAAAUCCUGCUUGGCUUGAGAGAGUUAUGCUCCACCAGAUAGCAACCCAGCUGAAGAUUGCAAUGGGACCAUGUAUUAUGGAUCUAGUUAAUGUACUUGCAACUGGGCCAUGGUCAAGCAACUACAUAGGUUUUGCAGCUUCUGUGCAAUAUAAGAAAGUCAUUGAUAAUCUACAAGUGGCUGAUGCUGGUAUUGCAGCUGAUGUGGUUUAUGAACUGAGUCUGAAAUUGGUGUACCACUUGAUAAGGUUCAAAAGCGGAUGUGACAAUGGAUUUUCAGGAAUUUCAAAUCCUACAAAAGAAUUCAGAACAAUCAUCUACAAUGCCAUAGAAACUUUCACAAAAAUGAGGAAAGCUCAUCCCCCUGUCAAAGGAAAUUUACCUGCUUCAACUCCAGGAUUUGAUCACUUUUUAUACACAGUCAGUGAUAUUUUGGACAGUGGUAAACUUGAUCAUACACAGGAAAAAAUGAUGAUCAAACAGGUGACAGAGCAAUUAAAAUUUAAACCACAAGAUUUUCAUUUGAUUAUUAGUGGGCAACCUUUUAAGUUUGAAUUCAGUGAACCUUUAAAAGCUGAAGUGAGUAACCAGAAAGAUGCAACAUCGGUACUUGAUAUUGAUCAAAAGGGAUCAGGGCCAGACCACACGCAGUAUAUCCUUAAGACACCUCAAAGACCAUCAGGAUCCAAGAUAGCUAAUCUUGCCAAAUAUUUCAUAUGGAAAUGUGAGAAGCACUGA